GCUCGCCACUGUCGUUCUUUCAAGCGCUCGCUCAUCUAAGGGUUCGUCCUUCAAUGUCAGCCCACGAAGAACUACUGCAAGGACAAGGACCUGCGAUUGUAGACUGCGACCUACUUGAGGCCGCUAAGGAGAACGUUCAGCCUUUUGCUACCGGCCGCCGAGUAACAGCACUGUCGUCGAUAUUGUCCACCCCACAUACACACAGAGAAUCGAAGCUCUCGGCGACAAAGAACAGACUCCGGAUCAAUGUCGAAAUUGCUAUGGAAGACGAAGAUGACGACCCCUUGGAGGCCUAUUGCAGAUUGGUUUAUUGGACAGUUGAGAACUACCCCCAAGGCCAUAGUGCGGAAUCUGGCCUUCUAGAGCUUCUAGAAGAGGCGACGAGAGUUCUCAAGGACAACAGGGAUGGGAGAUGGAGGGGCGAAAUGCGCUAUCUCAAGCUGUGGCUGCUUUAUGCUAGCUACGUCGAGAGACCCACCAUCAUUUAUCGUUUUCUGAUCGCAAACGAUAUUGGAAUCUAUUUUUCUUUACUGUACGAAGAGUAUGCUGCGGUAUUGGAGCGCGAUGGAAGGAGGAAAGAAGCAGACGAAAUUUAUAGACUGGGGAUUGCGAGACGAGCUUCGCCAUUGGAUCACCUGAAGGCCAGACAUGCUGAUUUCGAAAAACGAAUGAUGUGCACGUCACCCAUUGUAACCCCCGACACGACUUCUUCAUUACCGCCACGCCGGCCAGCCCUGGCUACGACUGUGGACCGUACAGUACCCGUCAUCGCCCGGCCCAUGGCUCAGACACGUUCGACCAAUGCUUCCGCCUCCAACGUCCCUCUCCAGGUCUUCGCAGACCCAACAGGCUCAGAAGCUCGCCCAUCGUUGAUAGAACAGAAUGCAUGGCCAGACGUUGGUACACGUAAAACAAGGAUCAAAGAGAAUAUUCCACAGAGCAAGAAGAUGGUGGGCUCGACUAUUAAGCAGUCCAAAAGAACAGUAUCUUCGUCGGGUUCUCGUAUCGUUCCGUUCAUAGACCCUGCCGAGAAUGUGGCUACAAAUGUAUCGAAGGGGCGGCACGCUUCGCAGAGCCGUACGGUACCCUUUGUUGACGAGCCAAAAGAAGGUGAAGAAGAGAUUCCACCGACGCCCAAGUUUACACCUUUUAGAGAUGAGGAUGUAUCCCUGACUUCGCCUGCAGUUGCCGCCGAGUCCGUUAUGCAAAUCAAGACGCCGGCUUCGACUUCAGCUGAGGCGGAGGCAUUGAGGAAGAAUCCCUUGAAGAAUUACGGUGGUCAUGGUGUUGGCUUUGAUGAUCCCUAAAGCGGGAUCUUUUUCUUUUACCAAUUACUCUUUCUCGGAUCUCACCUUGGUGCUCGUGCUACAUUUUCCGAUAUGCUGUUCACUGUAUUUUUUACCAUUUGCUUCCCUUACCUUAAAUAAGGGAGAUAGUUACUUGUAAAGUAUGGCGCUUUCACAAACUGUAAUUGCACCUGGUCUUGGUGACGCAGAAUAGCUUCAUAUUAGCGAGCAAAGAACGACCAUUAUGGCGU